UUUGAGAGUAUGCUUAUAAACUUGGGCCAAAGUCAUUUUUGUAGUAACAUUUGAGGAGAGAGAGAAGAGUGUAGAGGGGGGAGAGAGAGAGAGGGGUCAUUUCCACCUUCUUCGCCCGUUUUCUGAAACUCGUCGACGGAGAAGAGGAGAGAUAGUUUGUUCGGAGAAUUCUCAGAUCUCAGACCAAAUUACUGGCUAUACAACAAUUCAACUUUCGCCGGUGAAACUACAACGCUCAAUUUGUACCAACACAGAGAUGUUGCCCACAGCUUCCAGAGGGCGCUCCUCGUCCUCUACAUCUCGAACUAAUCCCAUGUAUCUACAGUACCUUCGUCGAAUUGUCAAGUGGCAACAAAUGGACAUCGAAUAUACAUUCUGGCAAAUGCUUCAUCUCUGCACGUCACCAAAAGUUGUCUAUCAGCAUACCAAGUAUCACAAGCAAACUAAGAAUCAGUGGGCUCGUGAUGAUCCUGCUUUUGUUGUGAUCUGCAGUCUUCUUUUGGCUGUUGCAACCCUGGCUUACUGUGCUGCAUAUGAUCAUAGUGCUGCACAUGCCUCUUUUGUAGUUAUUUCUGUACUGAUCUUCCAUUUGCUAAUAACUGGAGCGAUUUUGGCAACUUGUUGUUGGUUACUAACCAAUGCUUACCUUCGAGAAGAGACACCAGGCAGUCAUGUAGUUGAGCAACGGGUUGAAUGGCUCUACGCAUUUGAUGUGCACUGCAAUUCUUUCUUCCCAAUGUUUGUUUUGCUUUACGUGAUCCAUUACUUUAUCUCACCGCUUCUGGUAGCCCAUGGCUUCAUUCCAUUAUUGCUAUCAAAUUUGCUUUUCAUGAUUGGCGCUUCGUAUUACCAUUAUGUCAAUUUUUUAGGUUAUGACGUACUGCCAUUUUUGGAGAAAACUACAUUCUUCCUUUACCCAAUUGGUGUGGUCUUUGUCCUUACUCCAAUCUUUAUACUGAUCGGCUUCAACCCUUCAAGAUAUUUCAUGAACAUGUACUUUAGUCAGAACUUAUAAUCUCUCGACGUACGUAUUCGACUCCAGCUUGCUUAUCUUGAGGCAGGACGAUUGAUAGAUCAAAAGAGAUUUCAUCCACACAAAGUUACUAAUGACUGCAUUUAUUUUCACUUGCAUCUUGAAAGAAAACGAGGAAUGUCCGUUCGGGUCGUUAAAGCCUCAGUGGCUAAUUUUUCCGGCCUUUGAACGGAGAUACCAUCAGGAAUGGUAGGGUAGGAUGUUGGUAUCUUGUGCGUCACGGCUGCAAGUGAGGUGAUGCGGCUGAAUUUUUGAUGAAAUAGAUCUGUUUGAAUGUAAUGAUUUUUACAAUAUACAUUUUGUUUCUGCAGUUUAAAUAUAUAUAUACUUCGAAAAAGAAAUUUAAUUCCA